UGGCCGAGCGCGGGAAAAUCAGUUCUAUUCCACUUACGUAUCGCGCUGCAUGGCUGACGUGACGCGCUCCGGUCGUCGUUCGAAUUUCGAAUAAGUGUUUUUUUUAUUGAAGUGAAGUUUAGUGACGACGAUUUAUUAUUUAAACAGUUUUCCAAAUAUUUGUGAAUUAUUGUGCACGAGCUGGAAUCACUUAAGUAUGGCGAAGGCGCGGCCGUACCUCGAGUUAUCGGAGUGGAUAUAAAAUGAAAAUCGCAGCAUCCGCAGAUUACGACGAAACAGCACAUCGAUAAAAUGGCGCUCAGAAAUUCCAUAUCCACGCUCGCGACAGUAUUAAUAUGCAACCUCUGCUUCGGCAGUCACGAGACGCUCACUAGUAAUCAGAACUUAAACUUAGAUAGAGAUAUAGAAAACAAUUUUCAGGUAAAAGAUAAAUUUAUAUACGACAGAUAUAAAAGAAACGUGAACGUAACGAACGACUUGCUGCAUGACGUGAAUCAUGGGGCGAGAAAUAACGUGGACAAGUAUUUGUUCGACAAAGACAAGAUGGUGGCGAACAGAUCGGAGGAGGUGGAAGCCACGACCGAAUACUACGGCUAUAAUUCGACGGAAGAUGACUGUGUCGGUGAUAGAGAGUAUUGCAACAUGACCAGAGAGGAGUAUUUUGAAAUGUUAGAUGACUAUAUUUACCCACAAAAGUUUGAGUGGGUCCUAAUAGGGACUCACGCUAUAGUAUUCGUGAUCGGCCUGAUAGGGAACGCUCUAGUUUGUAUAGCGGUGUACAGGAAUCAUUCCAUGAGGACGGUUACGAACUACUUCAUAGUGAAUCUAGCGGUGGCGGACUUUAUGGUGAUCCUUAUAUGCUUACCACCGACAGUGUUGUGGGAUGUGACGGAAACGUGGUUUUUUGGUGAAGCGAUGUGCAGAAUAGUCUUGUACUUUCAGUCGGUGUCCGUGACAGUAUCGGUGCUAACACUGACCUUCAUCUCCAUCGACCGCUGGUACGCCAUCUGCUUCCCGCUCAAGUUCAAGUCCACGACAAGCAGGGCCAAGACAGCUAUAUUCAUCAUCUGGAUAAUCUCUCUGUUGUUCAACAUACCGGAGUUGGUGGUGCUCGAAGUGAAAACAAGAGACGACCUCCGCUUCAACGCUCCGUAUUUAAUGCAGUGCACCCCGACCUGGUCGUACGAAAGUGAUCUCAAAUGGCACAUCAUAAAGGCGCUUUUCCUAUACACGUUGCCACUGUUCCUGAUGAUGAUCGCGUACUGCCAGAUCGUGCGAGUGCUGUGGCGGUCGGACAACAUCCCCGGGCACACGGAGUCGCACAAGCUGUGCCAGACCGGACAGACAAACUGGCUAGCGGCAAACCGGCGCACCACUCCGUCGAUCCACGCGAAUGCGUCGACGGAGGGGCAGCUGCGGUCGCGGCGCAAGGCGGCCAAGAUGCUGGUCGCCGUCGUCGUCAUGUUCGCCGUCUGCUACUUCCCUGUCCACCUGCUGUCUGUACUCAGGGUAGUGUAUGCGCUGCGACAGAGCGAGGUGAUGACGUGCAUCUCGCUCAUUUCCCACGUGAUGUGCUACGCCAACUCCGCCGUCAACCCCCUCAUCUACAACUUCAUGAGCGGUAAAUUUCGGCGGGAGUUUCAUCGGUCCUACUUCAAAUGCUUAUGCUGCUGCCAUUGCUGCGCGCCACCGGAGCAGAACGGAACCUCUUUUGCGCCCAUAGGCAGCUCCCGGGCCGGCACCACCCGGACCGUGGUGCGGCGCAACGACUCCUGCAUCAGCUACCGGCUCGCGCACCUCUCGCCCUCCAACCACAACAGCAUACACCGCGACGCCAGCAGAAACAUCAACACCUCCUUCAUCGAGCACGUCAACGGCCGGCGGAAGAUGAGGGACGACUCCAUCAGCGACUCCGCCCGGUUCACGCUCACCACGGACGGCCGGGAUUGACGGUUGGGUAAGGAUCUGCUAGUGUGCUCUGAUCUCCGGCACCGCGCGGACAUCGACUACGUCGCGAGAAGCACGAACAGCAUCGAUUGUAAGCCCUAUUACGACUGCUUUAAGGUCCCUAAUCGCGGGGAGCCCCACGCCUGCGUCGAUAGGAUCGAGGCGGAGAGGCACAGCGACACGUACACCGACUACCGCGAGUGCGAUAACGAACUCAGUGAGUUGUUCAUGAUCGACGACGAGACGAAAAACGGAAUUAAAUUCAAAUUCAAUCGCAGCCUCAACAGCUGUCAGUUGAAGAACAAAAGGAAAGUUAAUACGAUGUUUUAAUAUCGAUGUUCAAUUCAAUAGAAAUCGCUAUCGUUCAAAGUCACUGUAAAAUAAUUCAUGGAUGUAUGUAGAGCACUGUUGCUAAUUGUGUACCAUAUCAAAAUUGUCAAUGCAUGGAUCCUGUUUGAGUCAAUGUUGUAAAAUACUAAGAUUUUGACU